AUGGAUUCUCCAAGCCCCGAACUCAAACCUAUAUGUCCAAAACUCAAUCUAUCUCGAUCUCCUUCUCCGGAUAUACCUAGAGAUCAAAUCGGUCCCAAUGGCACGUCUCAAGCAACUGGUGGAGUUGGUAUGUUGCUCCGACAUCUCGGUAAUGGAUGGAAUCCCCCUGAAAUAUCUCUCGAAGCUGCUCGUGAAAGUCUUCUACGCGACGAAGACUCACUAAGCGAAGAACCGCGGCGAGAGGGGGCUGUCGACGGCAACCUCGCUGCAGACGCACUCCCGAUCAACGGUCUGUCUGCGCCGAGAUAUAUCUCCGGUAGCAGAGUCACAUCGCCACUCAUCCCUUCGUCUAACGGAGCCUUACCGCCGCUUCAUCUUGGGGUUCGCGCACCAGCAGGCGAGUCUAAGGAGACUCUUCCAUCACGGUCUCUCCCGUCUCUUCGCUCGACACUUGGUGAGCUCCGAAACUUACCCCCAGAGCGCCCAUCCGAACAAGAUCUUGGUCGAUCUCGCCCAGGCCCAUCCUCGACUUUCCCUCCUUCGCCAGCUGCCAAUCAAGGGCAUAGGUUCAGUUUGACUACCAAUUUCCCGUCAUCACCCCGUUCACCACCAGAUAGAUAUCGAACACUUUCACCACACUCCGUGACAGGUGCGAGUAUGCGAUAUUAUCCAACAAAUGGUGCUCACCCUCGCGUUCCAACAGAAUAUAGUAGUAGCAAUGCUGGCGAGACUCCGAAUACCGAUCACCCCGCUUCUACACCCGCCACAUCAACCUCGAUCAACUCAACCUCAAUUACUGAUCGGAUGGGCAUUGAUGGAAUCACACAUCCGCAGCCUGUUUCCGGUUCGAAUACAUGUACAGUCAAUGGAUGCACCGCUGCACCGUUUCACAUAAAGUAUCUUCUCAACUCUCAUAUGAAUGUACACUCAUCCGUAAGGCCACACUAUUGUCCGGUCAAAGGGUGCCCGAGAAGUGAAGGGGGCAAGGGCUUCAAAAGAAAGAAUGAAAUGAUAAGACAUGGCCUGGUUCACGACUCCCCAGGCUACGUCUGCCCUUUCUGCCCUGACAAGGAACACAAAUACCCACGUCCAGAUAAUCUUCAGCGACAUGUCCGUGUUCACCACGUAGACAAAGACAAGGACGACCCGCAAAUACGAGACGUCCUCGCUCAACGACCUGACGGACCCAAUCGUGAUCGAAGGAGACGUGGCCCACCGUCGUGA